CUCCCAUCCAACACACGCCCAACCAUGUCGAAUUCCUCAACGCCUGGUCAGCCACCACGGAGUGGCCUCUCGCUCUAUGCAAAUCUUCUCGACCCUACCGGCGAUGCAUCCAUCUCGCGAGGACCAGUUGUCUUUAAGACUGCGCCAGCCGACACCCCAGAAGAAGCUUCUGCGAAGAAGCCCCAAAUAGAUGCUGCUACUUUGCGAUUUCAGCCCACGAAAAGGCCACAGCUCCCUCAGAAACACAAGGCAAAGAUAUCCUUCCCGAAACCUCCUCCCCCUCCCGACAAUUCGAAUCAGAACAGUGCUCCUACAACGUCGGCUUCGAACACGGCCAGACCCCCCAUAAAAAGUACUCUGGCGGAUUGGACUGCAACAGCAGAUGACGAUGAUGUGAAUGGGUUCUAUGGAGGUGAGAAAAGACAGAGGGGCGGAAGAAAGCGACGCAAGAAGAAUAGGGAGGAACAUGUCGUUGCGCAGGACUGGGAUGAUAUUUAUGAUCCCACGCGACCAAAUAACUAUGAGGAAUACAGGCUCAGCGAGGAGAAGAUUCGGGAAGUCAGGGAGUGGAAGGACAGGCUCUAUGCGCAUCGGAAGGCCCGAAGAGCUAGCAGUGAUAUGGACAGUGAUGAAGAGGACAGGAACCGAUUCGUGCCACCUUCGAAUUACUCCUUCGCACCUCCACCUAUAGACUCUCCACCCAAAAAACCAGUUCCCGACGAGAACAAUGAUUCUGAUCCAUACAGUCCCACACUUACGAUUAGCAAGCCACCACCACCACCGCCUCCACCAGAGAAUCUCCCUCCUCCAGUCAUCCCUCCUGAGCCUUUACCCGCGGGUUCAAUAUCCCGAGCACCAGUGCGGUAUAACUUACCGCCAGCACCAAGUGAGAUCCCUAGCUCUGAAGCUGAGUUAGAGAAGGCAUUGGCAGCGGAACCAGAAGACGAAGAUGGUCAGCAAACUGAAGAUGCACCGAGAUCACUCCGACCAGGACAGAAAGGAUUUGCCGAACGUCUCAUGUCGAAAUAUGGAUGGAGUAAAGGUUCGGGACUGGGCGCUGAUGGUUCGGGAAUUGUAAAUCCACUACGGGUACAAAUUGAAAAGCGGAAGAAGAAAUCCGAUGCCGAGGGUGGCGGGUUCAGGGACGCUGGUGGGAGGGGCAAAAUCAUUGGCGGCAAGAAGAAUAAUCCUGAGAAAGAUUCGGAAUUUGGGAAGUUCGGACCGAUGUCUGAGGUUAUUGUUCUUCGAGGUAUGGUCGACGGUAUGAACCUAGACGAGGAGGUAGAGGGUUCUGGGGAUGGAGGCUUGAUGCAGGAAAUAGGAGACGAAUGCGCGGAAAAGUAUGGCCGGGUUGAGCGCGUUUACAUCGACCGACAUGGCACUGCUCCAAAGGUAUUCGUCAAAUUUACAAGCCAGCUGUCUGCUCUGAGAGCUGUCAAUGCACUCGAAGGACGAAUAUUCAAUGGGAACACUAUCGCCGCUCUAUUCUAUGAUGCCGAGAAGUUUGAGCAGGGUGUUUACGAGUAGGGAAUCCCCGGGGACACUAUUUGAGAAGUAACUUGUACACAAAAGGACCCUAACAACUCGAUGUAUUUUGGUCUGAGGUCUGCAGAACAAGCUGUGACUCUAACGCUACAACGGUCUAUCUUCCUAGAUUUCCUUGUUGGUGCUUCGUUCUUCAAUUUCCCCUGUUGCCGGCAGAUACUGUCAAAAGCCUAUGUCAUCCCUAAGAUACUCCUCCUCGUUCCCUCCCGAUGUUAUCCCACCUUCUCCAUCAUCCUACAGUUGAUUAGUUGCCCAUGUCAUAGCCUCCUCACAUCUCUCUUCAGUUCCAAUCCCUUC